GGUCGCUGAGCGCAGGAGGGAUCCGCUCCGGCCUCACCUUUCGCGCGCCUCGCGUUUGGCCCGCCCGACUUUCCUAUGGCUGGGAUAUACAGCUCUACUCUGAAGACCCUGGAGGAUCUGACUCUGGACUCUGGUUAUGGGGCAGGGGAUUCCUGCAGGUCCCUCAGCCUCUCCUCGUCCAAGUCCAACUCCCAAGCCUUCACCUCUUCUCAGCACAGGGGCAACUGGUGGUACUACUCGGGCUCCAUGAACAGUCGGAAUAACAGCUGGGAUACGGUGAACACGGUGCUGCCGGAGGACCCCGAGGUCGCCGAUAUCUUUUCCAAGUGCCCGAGGCUGCCGGAUCUGGAGGAGUACCCUUGGAGCGAUGAAGACAUCGGAAGAAUACUCCGAAAGGCGAAGGGGGACGGGAGCGGCCGGCCCUUCUCCGUCGAGGCCGUCCGGCGGCUCUCCCAGCUGCUGAGACGCGCUCUGAUCCGCGUCUCCAGGGAGGCCCAGCGCCUGAGCGUCAUGCACUCCAAGUGCACCCGCUUCGAGGUGCAGAGCGCCGUCAAGCUCAUCCAGAGCUGGGCGCUGGCCGAGAGCUGCGUGCUGGCCGCCGUCAGGGCGCUCUCCCUCUACAGCAUGAGCGCCGGGGACGGGCUGAGGAAGGGCAAAUCGGCCAGGUGCGGGCUGACCUUCUCGGUGGGGAGGUUCUUCAGGUGGAUGGUGGACACCAGGAUCUCGGUCAGGAUCCACGAAUACGCGGCCAUCUCCUUGACCGCUUGCAUGGAGAACCUGGUAGAAGAGAUCAAGGGCAGGGUUCUGGCGAGUCAGAGCCCGGACGGCGGUGGAGGGGAGAUCUCGGCUGAAAUCCUGGAGAUGGUGAUCAACAACGAUGCUGAGCUCUGGGGAGUGCUGCAGCCGUACGAGCACCUCAUCUGUGGGAAGAACGCUAACGGUGUGCUGUCUCUGCCUGCUUACUUCAGCCCAUACAACGACGGCGCUGUGUGCAGCGAUGGACGAGCUGAUGCUUAUGCCCAGCUGGAACUCCGAACUUUAGAGCAGUCUCUGUUGGCAACUUGUGUUGGAAGCAUCUCUGAAUUGAGUGACUUGGUAUCCCGGGCAAUGCACCACAUGCAGUGCUUGAACACCAUUCGCCCAGGCAUGAGCCCCAUUCGGCAAACUCGGCAGCAGCAACCCAUCUCUUGGUCCCCUGAUGCUCUCCACACUCUCUACUACUUCCUACGUUGUCCUCAAAUGGAGUCUAUGGAGAAUCCCAACCUCGAUCCUCCAAGAAUGACCCUGAACAAUGAACGGCCCUUCAUGCUUCUGCCGCCGCUGAUGGAGUGGAUGCGAGUGGCUAUCACCUAUGCCGAGCACCGGCGGAGCUUAACAGUGGACAGUGAUGACAUCAGGCAGACAGCCAGGCUGCUCUUACCUGGGUUGGACUGCGAGCCCAGGCAGCUCAAACCUGAAUGCUGUUUUAGUUCCUUCCGGAGACUGGAUGCUAAGGCUGCUACUGAAAAAUUCCAGCAGGAUCUGGGUUUCCGAAUGCUGAACUGCGGAAGGACAGAUCUGAUCAAUCAAGCAAUAGAUGCACUGGGAGCUGAUGGAGUUAACACCAUGGACGAUCAGGGUAUGACCCCGCUGAUGUAUGCCUGUGCUGCUGGAGAUGAAGCAAUGGUCCAAAUGCUUAUAGAUGCUGGAGCAAAUUUAGAUAUACCAGUUCCCAGUACCUCUCCACGAUACCCUUCAGUCCAUCCUGACAGCCGGCACUGGACUGCUCUCACCUUUGCUGUGUUACAUGGGCAUAUAUCCGUUGUUCAGCUACUCUUGGAUGCUGGUGCUCACGUUGAGGGCUCUGCUGUUAACAGUGGAGAAGAUAACUACGCUGAGACCCCACUUCAACUGGCUUCAGCAGCAGGGAACUAUGAGUUGGUCAGCCUAUUGCUAAGCAGGGGCGCCGACCCCCUCCUGAGUAUGCUGGAAGUCAAUGGCAUGUCAUCUUCACUUCAUGAAGAUAUGAAUUGUUUCAGUCACUCAGCUGCACACGGACACAGGAAUGUUCUGCGCAAGCUCCUGACCCAGCCCCAGCAAAUGAAGGGAGAUGUCCUCUCACUGGAGGAGAUUUUGGCUGAGGGAGUGGAGAGUGACACCUCCAGCCAGGGCAGCUCCACAGAGGGACAAGUCAAGCUAUGUAAAACAAGAACGAAAGCCCUGCAAGAGGCCAUGUAUUACAGUGCUGAGCAUGGCUACGUAGAUAUCACCAUGGAGCUCAGAGGACUUGGAGUCCCAUGGAAGCUCCACGUGUGGAUUGAAUCACUACGGACAACCUUCUACCAGUGUCGCUACUCGGUUGUACAGACCCUCUUACGGGAAUUUGUCACCAUUAAGGAAGAAGACUAUAAUGAGGAACUGGUUAACGAAGGGCUUCAGCUCAUGUUCGAUAUCCUCAAAACCAGCAAAAAUGAUUCUAUCAAUCAACAGCUUGCAUCCAUCUUCACCCAUUGCUACGGCAGCAGUCCUAUACCCAGUAUUCCUGAAAUCCACAAGACAUUGCCAGCACGGCUCGAUCCUCACUUUCUAAAUAAUAAAGAAAUGUCUGAUGUGACCUUCUUAGUAGAAGGAAAGCUGUUUUAUGCACACAAAGUCCUGCUGGUUACUGCAUCUAACAGGUUUAAGACUCUAAUGACCAAUAAAACGGAACACGACAGCCAUGGAAGCAAGACUGUUGAAAUUAGCGAUAUGAAAUACAAUAUUUUCAAGAUGCUGAUGCAGUACUUAUACUAUGGAGGAACAGAAUCCAUGGAAAUUCCCACCACUGAUAUCUUAGAGCUGUUGUCAGCUGCCAGCCUGUUUCAACUGGACGGCCUCCAGAGACACUGUGAAAUCCUCUGUGCCCAGACGAUCAGCAUGGAAAACUCUGUUAGCAUCUAUAAAUAUGCAAAGAUACACAACGCACCUGAACUAGCGGCUUUUUGUGAAGGCUUCUUCCUUAAACACAUGAGCUCUCUUCUAGAGCAGGACUCAUUCAGACAGCUGAUCUACGGCAGGAACAGCAAAGUGCAAGGCUUGGACCCUCUGCGGGACUUGCAGACAGCCCUGGCUGGCCGCCUGCAUUCUGUGUAUGUCACCUCAAGGGUGUGAAGCAGGAACAAGGCAGUGGCAGAAGCACUGGUUCAAAACGCACGGGGACACGGCUUCAUGCAGAGCUGAGGCUUUCCUGUCUGCCUUCUGGAGUCAUCAGUUCUCGCUGGAAGUCCCCCUGUAUCAGAUACCCCAUCAGCAAGGGGGGGUGUGCCUCAUCCCACUGAAGGAGGGGAGCUGGCUUCUCUGUGCUACUACUGUCAGAGCUACGCUGUGUGAACAGUGUGAUCAAGAGCUGGGCAGGCAAGCAAAGAACCCCAACCGAAGAGAUCAAUACUGCCAUCCAAACAACGUACAAUGUGGGCCUGCAGAGAAGUGAGGCAACUUACCUAGAUCUAACACCUCAUAUCUAGUCUUAAGUGUCCGUCUACACACCAUAAUGGCCACCUAGUUCAUAUGCGUAGAUAUUUUACUUGUAAAAAGGCUGCAUAGAAGGAGUUUUCUAAUCGUGUGGACCACUGCCCAUUCAACAAGUCAUCAGUCUGAACACACAAGCUGAUGUAUGCAGACCUCUUCACUGCAGUUAACAAGCACCAGUUUCCACACACGGCAAGAGACUCCAGCGUAAGUUUUCCCCUGAACUGUUUGCACCUUGAGGGAGAAAUUGUGUAGAUGUACGAGGCUGAGUAGGAGCUACUAACUCUGGAAUUACUCGCUCUUCACACAUAAUAUGAAGAACUGAGCUGGGGCAGGGAGGGAAGAAAACUUUUUUAAAAUACAGUUUCACUGUGCUAAUUGUUUAAUCUGGAUCCAAUUUGAGAGGAAAAAGUACUGUCUACCCUUUCACUACAGAGGUUUGAUAGCCCAAUUCACUUUUAACUUAAAAACACAUUUGCGAACAUUAUCUGUGAGAUCUGACAUCAUAAGAGAGACUUUCUAAAAGACUCAGGCAUAGAAGCAGCUAUCGCUAAGCUGAAAAACUGUCUGAUAGCAUAAACAAGCAAUAAAAAUCUCCGUAAGACCAUGAGAAACGUACAGCUUGAUGCUUUGUUUUCUCUCUGGAGAGAAGCUGGGGGUACAAGCUCUGAAAUCAAGUCUUUGCCUCCACAUCCUCAUCCAUGGGGUGAUGUUUCCACUACCUCAGGGAAGACCGUGCACAGCACGCUGCUGACUGCUGCCUCGAGGUAGGCUGCACUCUGACAUUUGGGCUGCAGCACUUACACAAGAUGCCUCAACUGAAAUACUCAAGAUUCACGUUUUUCCUUGCUUGCAGUAGAUGGAUGUUUCUAUAUAGAAAGGACUUGUGCUAGACAUUCUCCUAGCUGACUUCAGUCAGGAAACAGCUCAAGAUACAGUUUUGUGUCUGAGGCCACUUACCUUUCCCUUUUUAAAUAAGCCCAAGCUUAAGAAGCUGGUUACUCAUACAUAGCUGCACACCUUGCUCUCACCAACCUUCAGCUGUUCCCCUGAACUAUGUAAGCAACGUCCAAAAGCAUAUGCUAAGAUGUGCUCACUGGCUACAGAUGGAUGAAGGAGAAGGAAAAGCAAUAGUUUAGGUGGGAAACUGCCACUUAAAAAAUCCAACAAAUAAUAUUGUAACUAAGCACACUGGUAGAGGUAGGCUUAGCUGAGCAUAAGCUCCAGUGCAAGAUAUAGACAUGGUUUAAAUAGAGAAGGAAAGGAGAAUGAAUUACAGCACCCUUCAACAAAAUUGCCAAAACCUGCCAUACCUUCCUUUCUGAAGGGUUUGCAUCACAGGCACACUGCAUGCAAGGAGAACAAUCAGCCUAGGAUCAGUCAUCUGACAGACACGUUGGUCAGAGCACACACACAAAUUUGUGUACACAUCCACUUUUGAAGAUCACCAGCUUCAGUGACUCUAUUUAUUAUCAGAAAGCCAUAGAGAUGAUACAAAAUUAUUACUGUUCUGCCAGAAAACCACCACAAAAGGCUCUAUCUUGGAAGGUAUUUUCAAGCAGCUGCUCCAGCUAUUUGUACAAAAAUGUAGGUCCUCUUUUAUUGCUGUAAUAUUACAAUGCUUUGUUAAUUGUACAUUAACGUUGUCAUUUAUGUAAAUGUACCGGGAUUUUAUUAACAACGUAAUUUUAAAAUACACAGCUGCUGUUAUUUAUUCUGCUUCUCUAACAAUGACAAAGGCAUAUUUAAAAUCUUCUGUGGAAAAGGUAGUUGCAGUUUCACCACCUUGCAUCGUUUCGGUAUAUGUACCUAAUUUGAUGCUUCAAAGCAAGGGAUAAAAAGGCAUUCAUUUCCCUGUCCCGUGUUCACACUUUUUUUUUUUUUGCAUAAUAAAUGAAACUUGCAUUUUUCCUAGCUCAAGUGAAGUUUACCUAGGCACCCUUCAUUGAAAAGAAGCAGAUGUGAAAGAAAAAUCCUAGUUCUGGGAUUCUUUUCCGUUGUGUAUCAGGCAGACCUCAGGAAUUAAAGGUCAAACCCACUCCACUCUAAUAGUAACAAAGAAGAGGUGACAGAGCAGAAAGCACUUCUGUCAUGGCCCUGGCACCUAGAAGGCUGGGCUGGCUCUGACAGGUCUGGGUGGCUGAAGCUUUGCUCUGGUAGUUGCAAGACUAGUAGUCCUGUGUUUGAAGAUCACACUGGCAACCACCGGUAGUCAGGUGAGCAACAGCACAGGGAGCCCUGCUGAACUUUGCCCAUGAGCAUUACCCACACACAGCCAACCCCAGAGACAGAGGUUAAGGAGGCAGCCAUAGCUGCAUGGGUUUUAUCCCUGACCAUCAGAUGAUAAAGCCAGAGAUUUAAGCAAUGACAAAAAAUGGAAUACCUGAAUAGAAAGCUGCUAGACUCAUUCAGUCUCUUCCUCUUAUUGUAUUUAUCAGAAAUGGUGGCUUGCUAUAACCAGGCUGCAAAGAGCAAGGGCACUUACUCAUCUGUGAAGUCAGACACACAGAGGUUUCUUUCUGCUGACAGCAAGAAUUUGACCCAGAAAUAACGAUUUCUUUCCCCCUCUAAGUCUGCCCCAUAAAUCUUUCAGACCCCUAUGGUGUUUGGAUAAUGCCUCAACUGUAAUGCUGGAUUCAGUGUAACCCUGCAGGAGGACUCAAAUACUUUACUUCUUAGAACACCGGUUCUAAGGACUUCAGAAGAAGCCAUUAAUACAACCAGAAUGUGUGUUCAGCUGCUGAGAACCUAUUAAUGCUUGCUUCUUUCCUUCAAUUUCCCACCACACACCUGAACAAAGGGUGCUGUGCCGCACACCUCUCUGCUGCAGCAAGACCUGAAAUCCAGUUCUACAAUAAAUGAGCACCACAAGCAUUUGUUGAUGUGAUCUAAAAGAAUUCUGCUGGGAACGAUGCAUGAGGGAUGCUUUCUGUUGUACUGUGCCCUUAAACCAGCAUGCUUGGAAACCAACUAGUGCAAAUCCUGACUUGCUUUCAAGAGUCAUGGAAUACAAAGAUCUAAGAUUCCCUCUGGAGCACUUCUGCUCUAGAAAGUAGAUUAAAUAGAAUUUUUUCAUCUAACUAGCUGCACCUCUAUUUUAUGCAGUACUGCCCUUGUAGUCCUAGAACGCGUAGCGAAGUUGGCACAAAACUUUGCUGGUCAUAGUUGUACGAUUUCAUGGAGCAGAGGAAACAGCACUCAUACACCUGCCUGAACACACUCUGCCUUUGAGAGUCAAAUAAACCCUUACUGCUUUAUGAUAAGCCCUUACAGCGCAGACAAACUCCAGUAAACGUAGCACUGCUACCAACUGGCCCUCCCCAAACACUGCACAAGCGACCAGAUACUGUGUCCUGCACGUGCUGUAACAGACAUAGGAGAACACAAGAGUGGCAACUCCUUCGAGGAAGUGGGGCUGUAAGCAGCUGCCUCCACUGCUCGUGACAGAGAAAGAGGAUGCAAAAGGUAGAUUUGGCUCCCCCAAGAGGUUUUGAGUAAAAGAGAUCCACUGAUGCACAGCAAACAAUACAGAAUACUGCUCUCAGUAC